UAUCUCCUCAAGUGACUACAUAAAAUCUCAAAUCCCAAUCUGUAAGAAGAAAUAGAUUAAAAUCCAAUUCACUAACAUAAAAAUCACUAAAAAAUGGAUUGCACAAGCCCAAUGGAUCAAGAACUGAAAGUGACGGAGGAAGAAGAAGCAAAGGCGCUGCUGCAAUCUUGCAAAACUGAAGCUCACUCUUCAUCAUCAUCUCCUGCCCCACCACAGCCAGUGGAGGGCCUACUUGAAGUGGGCCCCCCUCCAUUUCUGACCAAGAUUUAUGAAAUGGUGGAAGACCCUUCACUUGAUUCUGUGAUUUCUUGGAGUGAAGCAAGAAAUAGCUUCAUUGUGUGGGACAGUAAUCACUUCUCUAUGAACUUGCUUCCAAAAUUCUUCAAGCACAGUAAUUUUUCGAGCUUUGUUCGCCAGCUCCAUACUUAUGGCUUUAGAAAAGUGGACCCUGAUCGAUGGGAAUUUGCACAUAGAGGUUUCCUGGGAGGGCAGAAGCAGCUCUUGAAGUCUAUAAAGAGGCGAAGGAAUGUAUUACGUGGUAUGCAACCAAAAGGAGGAGGUCCUUGUGUUGAGUUGGGCAAUUAUGGCAUUGAAGGGGAGUUGGAAAUAUUGAAGAGGGAUAAAAACAUGCUGAUGGCAGAAGUUGUAAAGCUUCGCCAACAACAGCAGGAGUCCAAGAAACUAGUUAUAGAGAUGGAGAAUAAGAUGCAAGAAAUGGAGUUUAGGCAGAAAUUUCUGACGGAUUUCCUCUCUAUGGCUUUUAGUAAUCCUGCAUUUCUCCAGCAAUAUAUGGAGAUGCAUGGAGCAAAAAUGGAUCCGCAAAAGGUUGAGAUGAGAAGGAGGCUCACUAUGAGCUCUGGAGGGGGAAAUUUUCAGGAUCAGGCUUCAUAUAAUGCAAGUCAACAGCAAGAAACAACUGUAGAUGCAGAAAGGGGAAUGGAGUCAUUCUUGUCGGCUGCAGUGAACAAUUCAAGUGACAACACAAGCUCCCCAAAGCCACCAGCAAAUGAUGAAUACGCAGACGUUUUCAAUUGUACGUGGAAGGAAUUGCUUGAGAAAGAUCUUGGAAUUGUGAACGAGGAAGGAGUUGUAGUAGGCGAUCAGCCUGGCGUGGAAGUUGACGAUCUGGAAAAAUCACCAGGUUGGGAUAUGGAUGAGCUACAAGACCUUGUUGAACAAUCAGAAUAUCUCAGGAACUAGGAAAAGAUGCAGUCACUAUAUAUUGGAAGGCUCGAUCUAUUUGUGCAGCUAUGGCUUUGUCAACAGGAUGGGAUAGCUUUCUAUCACUUAGUAUUAUUACAUGAAGCUACACACCUUCAUACUGAGACAGUAGUAGAGGAGUCUUUUUUUAUAUUUUUCUCUCAGAAUUGAGUUUUUUUUUAAGGAGUUUUGUUAAGCUAAGGUGCUAAAGGAGUUUGUUGAAUUUUUUGUGCCUGCAAUGAUCUAUUUAAUUAUUGACA